UUGAUGGGUUUUGCCUUUUUGAACUUCGGGGAACAAUAAUUAUUGAAUACGAGCUGGAUGAGUUGAUAGUUUUGUCACUGAGCGAGAGAGAGAGAGUUGGACUGGGGUCAUUUGAUACCAUGCAGUCGUCAUCUUCGGCAGUAGCAAAAGUCUUGCUAUUGGUCUGUUUAAAAAAAGGAUACCUACACCUUUACGUGUUAGAUAUCUGAUUGUUUGAGAGAUACCGAUAUGCACUGUGAAUCUGUUAGAUUUAUCCUUUUUCUUCAACGCAUCCUCAUCUGUGGAGUUUUGUUGACUGGUGUCCCUCCUGUUUUGGGAACAGAUGUAUUCCUUGUAGACGGUCCAGCCCCACAUGAAGGGCGGGUUGAGAUCGUGUACGACGGCUACCGAGGAUGCGUGUGUGACACCGAGUGGGACGUACGGGCUGCCGAAGUAGUAUGUCGGCAGCUCGGUUUUACUUCGGCCGUUCGGGCUGGCUUAGGGGAAUACCCGCCCGCUUCGUGUAAGCAAUGUCUGUUGACGGAUGUGAGGUGUCGAGGUGACGAGGAGACGUUGUCGAUGUGCUCGCAUCGUAGGGCAUCGGGAAAUACUUGUGAUGACGGUGGGCUCGCCGUCGCAUAUGUGAAAUGCUCAACUAAAGGGGUUCGUCUAGUCGGUGGAUCGAGCCCACACGAAGGCAGCGUCCUUGUGUAUCACGCCAACGUUUGGGGAUCGGUCUGUGACUACCACUGGUCUCUAGCUGACGCUCAUGUGGUCUGUAAGCAGCUAGGUUAUCCGCACGCUAAAUCGGCCAGGUAUGAGGUCGACUUCGGUCGUAGCCUCGGCUUGGACAUCGUCCUCGACGUUGUGGCAUGCCGUGGUGACGAGGAGAGCUUGUACGAAUGCGAGCACACGGCAUGGGGUGUUCAUGAUAGCGAGCACGUUGCAGAGGCAGGAGUUGUCUGUGCUUCAGAUCAAACAAUUGGUAAGAAAUUUGACUUCGCAAUUAAUUGCUUGAUUAAGUACCAGAGCGCCGUAAUGGCCGCCAUGCUAGAGCCAGGCUGUCGGAUCAGUUCGGCUAUCAGGGGUUUGUAUCCCUACAUCGGUCGUCUUGAGAUAUACUACGAUGGUGGAUGGGGAACGGUUUGUCAGCAAGGUUGGCGUGACUACGAUUCAAGACAGGUUUGCAACCAGCUUGAUUAUCAUUACUCGGGUAGAACCAAGCCCGAUCAGUCUUCUCAUGCGGUCAUCUAUGAUGAUGCGCCUGUCCAGUUAUCUCACGUGACCUGUACAUCCGGCAUCCCAUUGGCUGACUGCCAUCAUGGUGUCUGGCAAGACACAAACUGCACGCAUGAGCAAGACGUUUUUGUGAUUUGCGACUAUGAUGGCGGAAACGAGGGAGAGGUUCGUCUCCUCGAUGGUCGAACUCCUAACGAAGGUCGAGUCGAAGUCUACCGAUCAGGUCGAUGGGAUACGGUCCUCGCUGACGAAUGGGACCUUGUCGAUGCCGACGUCGUGUGUCGACAGCUGGGCUACGAGGGGGCACUGGAGGCGGUAGUCGAUGACCGGUUCGAUCAGGGAGCCGGUGUGGUUCAAAUCGGGUCUGUUCAGUGUGAUGGAUCAGAAAAUCAUCUAUUACGCUGCGGAUUUUUGUCACCGCCUGUCUCCGAUGGCGGACACGAUCGAGACGCCGGAGUAGUAUGCGCUGACGAAGGUGGUAAAUGGUUCUAA